AUGGCUAGAUUGAAAGGCUUGAUAGUGUCUCUUCCAUUUGGAUUUAUGUUGUUGUUAUGUUGUUCUUUUAUAAUACUACCUGGUGUCAUUGGAUGGAGCAAAGAGGGUCAUGAGAUGACAUGUCUAAUUGCACAGGCACUUUUAAAACCUGAGGCAUCAGAAGCAAUUCAUCAUUUGUUACCUCCCUCUGUGAAUGGUAACUUAUCAGCAUUAUGUGUAUGGCCUGACCAAAUUAGACACUGGUACAAAUAUAAAUGGACUAGUCCACUUCAUUUCAUCGACACACCGGAUAAAAAAUGUGGUUUCCAGUAUUCAAGGGACUGUCAUGAAGAUAUGUGUGUUGCUGGAGCUGUCAAAAAUUUCACUUCUCAACUUUCACAUUACAAAGAAGGAACAUCUGAUCGGCGAUAUAAUAUGACUGAGGCAUUAUUGUUCUUGUCACACUUCAUGGGAGAUAUUCAUCAGCCAAUGCAUGUUGGAUUCACCUCGGACAAAGGUGGAAACUCGAUAGAUCUACGCUGGUAUAGGCACAAAUCUAAUCUGCAUCAUGUGUGGGACAGAGAAAUUAUUCUCACUGCAUUAGCAGAUUACUAUGACAAAGAUGUGACACUCCUCCUCCAAGACAUUGAGAAAAACUAUACGAAUGGAAUCUGGUCAGAAGAUGUUGCUUCUUGGGAACAUUGUAAUGAUAUAUCUCUCUGUGUGAAUAAUUGGGCUAAAGAGAGCAUACAAAUUGCUUGCAAAUGGGGUUAUGAAGGAGUUAAAUCCGGAACAACUCUUGCAGAAGAGUACUUCAACUCAAGGAUGCCAUUUGUGAUGAAAAGAAUCGCUCAAGGUGGAAUUCGAUUAGCUAUGAUUCUGAACCAAGUGUUUGGAGAUUCUCAUCAAGGAUUUGUAGCAGCUACUUAA